AUGUUGUAUUCAUUAUGCAAUAAUAUCAAAUAUACAAUUCGUUGGCAUUUGGAAUCAGCAGCAAUAUUUUUUUAUCUCUUCUCCAGCAUUAUUGCACCAUUUGUUGGAAUAUUUCUGUUCCUUAUUUUAAUCUUCUCACCAUUAUUCCUAUUUGGUUGGGGUUAUUUGCUAUGGUUUUACUAUGAUUGUCGUACACCGGAACGUGGUUCUCGGCCAAAUCCAAAUAUACGAAAAUGGCGUCUCUAUAGGCUUAUUCAGUCCUAUUUUCCAAUAACACUGAUAAAAACAGCAGAUUUAUCACCGGAAAAUAAUUAUUUGAUUGGAACUCAUCCACAUGGCGUAUUAGCAUUUGGACCGUUUAUUAGUCUCUGUACAGAUGCUGCCGGUUUUGAUCAACUAUUUCCGGGUAUUGAAUGUACAAUUGCAACGUUAAGAGGGAUGUUUUGGUUUCCAAUACGUCGAGAGCAAGUAUUGCUGAUGUCAAAUUUGAUUGCUGUAAACAAGGAAAGUAUUGACUUUUAUUUAAAUCAAAAAUCAAAAGGACGAGCAUUGGCAAUUGUGGUCGGUGGUGCCAAUGAGGUGUUAACAGCACAUCCGCAUACAUACAACAUUUGCCUAAAAAAUCGUAAAGGAUUUAUUAAGGCUGCUUUUCGAAAUGGAGCUCAUUUGGUACCAAUGUUUAAUUUUGGUGAAAAUGAUUAUUAUUCUCAAUUGCCAAACGGUAAAGGAAGUAUUGUUCAUGGAAUACAGCAACUUAUCAAAAAAAUUAUUACUUAUUCGCCAACAUUUGUACUUGGACGUGGAUUUUUCCAACCAUUAAUCGGAUAUAUGCCAAGACGGCGACCGAUCACAUGCGUUAUGGGCAAACCAAUACCGGUUGAACGAAAUCCGAAUCCAACUCAAGAACAAGUUGAUGAACUGCAUGCCAAAUACUGCCAAGAGCUUACUGAACUUUUUGAAAAGUAUAAGCUAAGAUGUGGUGCUAAACUAUCUGAUCAUUUAUGCUUUUAUUAA